AUGCCCCCACUGACUCUCCUCUCCUCUCCUCUCCCUCCCCAAGAGCCCAACAAGCCCCCGCCGGUGGCCAACGGGGAGCUGCGCCUCAACGGCAAGGGCAAGAAGCUGCGCAAGCCGCGCACCAUCUACUCCAGCCUGCAGCUGCAGGCCCUCAACCAGCGCUUCCAGCAGACCCAGUACCUGGCGCUGCCCGAGCGCGCCGAGCUGGCCGCCCAGCUGGGGCUCACCCAGACCCAGGUCAAGAUCUGGUUCCAGAACAAGCGCUCCAAGUACAAGAAGAUCAUGAAGCAAGGCUCGAGCGCGCCCGACGGGGAGCACCUGCACACCUCCUCCUCGCUGUCCCCCUGCUCCCCCAGCAUCCCCCCACUCUGGGACAUUCCUGUGCCAGGCAAAGGGCCCCCGCUGCCCCCCAGCAAUUACAUCAGCAGCUUCGGAGCCUGGUACCAGCCGCACCCGCAGGACUCUGUGCCCCGCGGUCCCAUGAUGUGA